AUGGCCAAAACUCGUAUCAUCUACCAACCGACUGAUAUCGUUUUGGCGAAAGUGAAGGGCUUUCCAGCUUGGCCUGCCAUGAUCGUUCCUGAAGAGAUAAUCCCGACUAAUGUUCUGAAAGGCAGGCCAGGAAGACCCACAAUGGACGAAGUUGAAGACGUAAAUGAUCCAGAAAACUUCAUUGUCUAUAGCGAAGCUCUCAGGUUUCGCAAGAACUUCAAACCACACGCAUCUUACUGCAUCAAGUUCUUCUGUGACGACUCUUACAUUUGGCUCAAGCCGGUAGAUUUCAAACCUUUAACGCCAGAACAAUGCAGCAAUUGGUUACAAAACUCAAAGAAGCAGACUAAAAAACUGAUUCCGGCAUAUGAAAUGGCCCAGAAGGGCUCUCAAGGUAUUGAUGUGUGGGAAUUUAUCGAAUAUGGAUCCAAAGGUAAACCGGAUCAAGAAGAAUACGUUCAAGCACCGGUAGAAGAACCACAGGAGGAAGAACUCGAAGAUGACAUACUAGACGAACCUUUGUUGAGUUCUGUUUCCGAAUCCGAUUACGAAGAAGGCGAUAGUAUUCGCAAAGGCAGCCGAGCCAGUAAACGGCAAGCAAAGGCAAAAGCUAGAGAAUCAAGGCCUAAGACUCGAAAACGUGGUGUUUCAUAUGAUGAAGAAAAUGAAGAAGGUUCUUUCGAAGAGCUUAUGACAGACGAACCUAAAGCAACAUCGCGAUCUAAGAAAAAGAAGCCUUCUCUGAAAAUAAAAAUCGAAAUUAAAAAGUACAAGUUCGAAGAUGAUGGAGAUUGGUCAAUAGUCGGGCUGGGUCCGCAAGAGCAUUCCCUUUCGACAGUAAAUUCUCUUGUAAACAAGCUCUCACAAAAGAAAAAUUUGGAACUUCACAACGAGAUUAAGAUGGACUUACGAGAUAAAUUGAGUUUCGUGAAUAAAUUAAUAAGCGACCUUAUUUUCAAGGCCACAGAAUCAGAGGAUGCAGAGGAAUAUCAUAUGCUUGUGGAUGAACUGGAACAGUGUGCCGCUCUUCGAGGUUCUCAAGACGAGUUAGUCACGGUUUUUCUGUCCGAUCACGAGCUUGUCAUUAAUAUGAUCGCAUUAUUCAAUCUAAAGCAAGAUUUUCUACGUCAGAUAGGUCUCUAUGAAAAGUUGCAAUUGUGGUUCUCCAGUAUUUUUGGGUAUCAAUUUGUACCGGAUCCUGUGAAAUGGUCGCUAGACAAAAUCGACGACACUUUCCCGCCAUCGAAAGAGGAAUCGCAAACAGCAAGCAAUGUACAAAUGCCUGCGGUAAAUGCAUGA